AACGCCUGGAUCAACUUCCCGGCGGCCUGCGACCUCCUCCCGAUCCCUUCGAGGGACCAGGAAGGGAAAUGUGAAGCUUCACUCGAUAUCCCUCCGCCGGGGUCACCCCCGCCCCUCCGUGGUAGCAGGAACUAAUUCCCUUUCGGGUCACCGGAGGCCUGAGGUGGAAAGUUCACCGGUCAGAGUGCCUUGAGACCCUGGAAAAAGGGACCAUCACCUCAAGUUAAAAACCCCCUGCCAGCUCAAAAAAAGAAGAGUUCGAUUUAAAGUAGGGCUUUGGCCUCAUGACCCCAACCAAGCCCCGCCUCUUCCUGGUUGUCUUAGCGACGACGGUGGCGUCCCAAGAUGGCGUCGUGGCUGCCGGAGAUUCUGUUCGAAAUUGUAGGACAAGGCAAAGCGCCGAGCAAAGACCACUACCAGAUGUUGAUCACCCGCUCCCAGGUCAUCUUUAGAUGGUGGAAGAUUUCUCUAAGGAGUGGGUAUCAAUCAACAAAACCUGGAGAAGUAAAAGAAUCUCAUGAAGACUUCCGAGAGAAUUCACAUCUUCAGAUUCAAAUUGCCUUGGUAUUCGGUGCAAGAAUAUUGGACUAUGUCUUCAAUUUGUGUGAAGGUAAAAUUGACUUCCUUGAGCGGCUCUCAGACAAUUUGCUCAUGAAUAUCAUUUCUUAUCUGGGCAUUGAAGAUAUUGCCAGCCUUUCUCUCACAUCACACAGAUUUUCAAAGCUGUGCACGUCUGACGAACUGUGGGUGCCAAUAAUUGAGGCCUCUAGUGAAAUCACCCCUGCCAUGAAGGCUCUGGCCCAGGACCAGGGUUGGAGACAAAAGUUCUUCAUUCGAAAGUUGCAUCUCCACAAGAAGCAAAAUCAAAAAAGCCAGGCAGGCGGUCAAUGAUAGGGAUGUUGAGGCAUGGCUGCGUUUUUCUGCUGUGUCCAUAUCCCUUCUCUUUCCUUUCAUUGAAAACUAGGAGGCAUUGCUGGUUCAAGGAGUCAUCUGAAAAGCACAAAGUGCUUACUCACAGAUGCAGCAAACCCCCCUCUGCAGGGCCUUGCCUGAACCACAGUCCUUCCGGUGAAGGUGAAGGUGAAGGUGAAAUCAUGGCCCGCACAAGGGCUGAAAGACAGGAAGCCCACCAGCGAUGUCUUCCCCAUCCUCCAACACCCAAAGUAAAAAAGGCUGCUUCUGCAAUAAAUGGCUACCAGUGGAUUUUUUAUUACAUAUCUGUUUCAUCUAGGCAUUGGAAAAGGGAACCAAGCUUUUGAAUUCUUUGCUGAUGGUAUGUCAUCUGAAUCCAUUCAUGGAGCAGGGGCCACGUAUCGCCAGAGGGGCAAUGGCCUGGGGGGCACUCCCGUGAGUGCCACUGUCUUCCCAACUCUGCUCCUUGUAGUUUGCAUUCAGGACCUGGCCCUGUGGGCCCGGGAUGCUGGGCAUCAUCUCGCCAUGCAGACAACCCCUGCCCUGGCCCUGGGGUAUGGCCAUGCAGACAACCCACCAGGCCAGGCAUGCUCCUUGCAGAUCUUGUCUAGAGCUCAGCCUCCCAGGACUUCACAUUGCCAAAUAAACCUAUAAAUAUUUCCUAGAGGGAUGUGUUUCCCAAAGAAUGUGGACAGUUACCACUCUUAUAACUGUGAUUUUUAAGAACACACGCUGUGGGUAACUGUGUAAAAACCUGUGGUUUGUAUUCGUUUAACUUGGCAGAGGAAUAAAAACACUACAGUUUUAGGGGAGGGAAUGCCACCUUGCUGAGAUGGGUUAUUUAAAAAUAACUUUCUUCCUGCGCUCUCGUGAGGUUUAAGUCCCCCAGUGAACUCAUAGCAGUGGAUAAUCUCAUGACUCCUUUCAGGUUACAGAACAAAGUAGCUUUCAACCUCCCGUCACCUUUCUAACCUCGUUUCUUCAUUCCUGCAGCCUCCACUUUGCUACCUAGAAAACAAUGACAUAUGUAGCCCUCCACCCCACGUCCUCCAUGUCAGAGGGACUCCCCUGAUGCAGUGGGACCUCCCCAAUCGUGCAGAAGAGGUGAACUGCUGGCUGUCCUCCUCCUAGAUUCUUCUAGAAUGGUUUCAUAGCUAUGGCUUAGUGACAGAUAUAUAUAUAUUUUUUUAAUCUUCACUCAAGGAUAUUUUUCCACUGAUUUUUAGGGAGAGUGGGAGAGAGAGGGAAAGACAGAAACAUUGAUGUGAAAGAAACACUUCGGUUGUUUGCCGCCUGCAUGCACCCCGAUCAGGGCCUGGCCAGGGAGGAGCCUGCAACCAAGUUGACUGGAAUCGAACUCAGGACUCUGGUCCGAAGGCCGAUGCUCUAUCCACUGAGCAAACUAGCUAGGGCUUUUUUUUUUUCUUUUUAACUAAACCUGUGUUAAUAGCAAAUCAGAUUUUAACCCCCAUUCACAUAUACCCUUAACACUUGGUCAUAGAUUUCCGGGGACAUCUGUGAAAUCAAAUGUCAGCUGCUGCCUUGCAGGUGAGGAGCCUGUCAAAGUCAUGUCUGGAUUUAGUCCAAGCACAGAGCAAAGAUCUCAUUGGCAAGAGACCCAGGCCUUGUUCUCUGCUCAGGAGUGGUCCUGCCAGGUGUAGGGUGACUGGCAGGCGGGCAGAGGACACCUACUUCUGCACGGCUCCUCCUGCCUACUGGUAUUUCUCCCUGAAGUUCCUUCACUUUUGGCCAGGUUUUCAGUGACAGAACACAGGUCAGUACCAUGUGUGUGCAGCAUUUAUGUGGAUGUACAAUUUGGUAUGUCAACAUAACUGUAUGAAUAUAAAAUCACAACUCAUUUGUUGCAUUGAUGCAAAAUGUCAACAGCUCAAAAAUGUCAUGGAUUGUGUUUUAUCAACUAACAGAUUCUAAAAGCUUAUGGGUGUGCAUAAUGUAGAUUCAACAGGAAUCAGUGAGAACACACAUUUGGCCACUAGAAAACUUUUAGUAUCUGUAUAUAAUACUGUAACAUAAAAAUAGAUGCUAAAGGUAAAUAAUUAAAAUGUUAUUAAUGUGUUGAUCAUUGUUAAAGAAUAGGUUUAAAACAUAGAUUACUAGAUUAUUAAGGUAUAAUUAUUUGCCUUAAUAAUUUGGGUGCCUUAUUACCUGGCAAUCAUUAUUUUUGCCAAAACAUGAACAAUAUCAUCGACCUAAAAUCCUGCAUCCUCUGGCGUGGAAACAUUUGCCCUCCCCCCUCCUCCUUUCCUUGUUAGAUCCUCAUGACAAGCCAUCAAGUGAAAAUAUGGCGAUGCUUUGCCUCUCUGUCUCUAUUGACAGCUUUCAUGGGGAUGGAUAAAUCUGCUUUGUUUAUGACACACCACUUCAGAGUGAAAUGCCACAGCAUUUUAUAAUCUUGCUCUUUCUCAUCUUUCCAGUGAAAAUCAGUGUUUCUACUGUUAUCAUUUACCAUUGUAACUACCAAAGUAAAAUAUUGAUUUUUUUUAUGUUUUAUAUGCUUUAAAGUUAGAACAAUUUAUU